GUCCAGGAGGGCAAAGAAAGGAAAGUUCCCAACCGGUCUGGAUGGACCCACGCUCUCCGGAUUCAUCGCCCCCGUCCAUACAUAGACCGCAUAGGAUGUGUGGGGUGGGGCCGAAUAUGAAGGAACCACCCAGAAGACACCCACCCAGACCCCAGCGGCAUCCGCCGAUCUUGUUUUUUCCAGACCGUGACAUACAAUAAAACGGGCCGCGCUCAGCAAUCUUUACGCUUUUUACAGCUCUUGCUUCCAACCCGUUUUUCCCACCACUGAAAACAUUACCCUCAACACUCCACGUCCUCUCCCGACUCCAUCAUCAUGGCGACCAUAUUCGACGCAUCCAUCUCCGCUGCAACAUCUCCGACUGCCCCCACAUCCAAGCGCAGUCCACCAACCGCCGAAAACCUCACCUGGCCCUCGCCUCCCGCGACGAUCGGAGGUACACCCGCUGCCGUGAGAGUAGUCGCUUCCCCAAUUCCCCGCCCCGAACCCAUGUCGCUCCCCGCCGGCCGUCAUCCUGAAGCAUCUUCUUCAUUGUGCUCGUGCGACACGGCGCAUAGAGGUUUCUCAAGCCGUCAUAUCGUCAAGCGCUCGCAUAACCGUCGCAAGCAACUAACUCCUCACAAGUCCAUCACGUAUUCGGCCGCACUUGCUCAGCUCUCCCGCGCUGAGCGCCAACUGCAAGGUAUCAUCGCUCUCGAUGUCUACGGCGUAUUCAUGUCCCGACCGUCGCUUCUGCUCUAUGACAAAUCGGCCGCCGCAGGACGUGCCCGCAUGAUGCGAUUGAAAGAACUGCAAGCACGUCAUGGCGAUCUCCAAGGCAUUCCUUGGGACGCCUCCGCCAUCGUCCCUCGUACGGGCGGUGGCGGAAGGAAGCGACGAGGACGGCCAGGCCGCAAGACGACCGGCACUCCAGGCACCACGGCUCCCAACACCGCACCGGGUUCGCCGGCAUUCGACCCCGCAUCACUGCCCCUUCCCGCCUCGGCCUUCACGAUGCUCACAACAAACAAUGCACCAGUCGUGACAUGGAGCAAAGGCGACCCGCUCGAGAUCCCCGAAUCAUCGGCGGGCUAUUCGCAGCUCACAAGCGAGGAAGUCAGGACCUGUCGCACGCUGCGUCUCUAUCCAGCGACAUACCUGCAGAUCAAGACUACCCUCCUUCAAGCUCCGCCGGGGUUCAAGAAACGUGAAGCUCAGAAGUGGUGCCGUGUCGACGUGAACAAAACGGGCAAGCUCUACGACUGGUUUGCCGCUCUAGGGUGGAUCCACAUUGCUCCGUAGGAGUUCGUUUCCCAUAGUUUCGCUAUUGCUCACUAUGUAGGCGUAGGGAAUCAUUUUUAGGUCAUUCAUCACGCAGAUAGAGGAAGUUAAAUAUGUUCGGGGCUUUUCCCUGGUGGCUUUCGUUGCCCUAUCAUUUUGCUAUUUCUCAUCCAUGCAUGUAUGUUUUCAAUGGACGCAAUUGUACCUCAUGCACCAAGUGCCCAAGCA